UCGCUUGCAACGAACUGAGUAGUGAUGGGUAUCCUGGACGCUCUGUCGGAGACGGGCUGGUUCCCGACGCUGCGUAGGCAUCGCUACAUAAAGAAGCGCCCGCAGCUCCAGACAGUCAAGAUGAAGGUCCGGAUGGACUGCGAGGGCUGCGAGCGCCGGGUCCGGAACGCCGUCCGCCACCUCAAGGGCGUCACCGGCGUCGAGCUGCUCCCCAAGCAGAACAAGGUGACGGUGACGGGCUACAUCGCCGACCCCGGCAAGGUCAUGCGGCGGGUGGCGCGCAAGACCGGGAAGCGGGUGGAGGCGUGGCCGUACGCGCCCUACGACGCCGUGCCGCACCCCUACGUGCCCGGCGCCUACGACAAGAAGGCGCCGCCCGGCUACGUUAGGAACGUCGUGGCGGAUCCCGACGCCGCGCCGGGGGCGCUCGCGUCGCCCACGGAGGUGGGGUACACGGAGGCCUUCUCCGAUGACAACCCGAACGCGGCGUGCACUGUCAUGUAGACACCCAUCUUCCCCGGAGAAAUGAGAUCCUGCCGUGCACAGGAUCUUAUCGUUGGCAUUGUUUCUUGCCUACAGAUUCGUGUUGCCGAACAUCAUUAUCUUUGGCCAUGUUUCGGAUUUUGCAUAUCAGCAUAUGGAUUGGAACUAGUUACUUGUACUGCCUGUAAAACUAGUUUUGCACUGCUCCAUCCAGUGAGUGAAACUGUAUCUUGUUAUACUUGAA